AUAGUUAAUAUGUCUCCACAGUUGAAAAGGUCGUUUCAUACUGUAUUUUCCUAACCAAUACAGUCUAUGGCUUUUAAAAAGGUAAAGUCGAUGAGUAGUUUUUGACUUUCCAGUUGCCGUAGUUCUCAUUUGCAUACAUAUUUCGAACCAGUAGUUGCACUAGGAGCUAGUCAUAUCGGGUUCAACAAGCUUGUCAAAUUACUAUAUAUAUUCAUUUGUUGAGUAGUUAGUCAUUGACUUAAUUAACUCCCUAUAUAUUCACCAUUAACCACCUGAAUCCAGAUCUUGAAUCUCUCCAUUUCUCAAAGUGACUGAAGCAGGUUACGAAAUCAAGAUCUCAUGUUUGAUGUUCACCUAACAUGUUCACCAUAUCGCUUCUUACUGCCUAGUUACUACUACCUUGCUGAAGUCCUUUGGUUUUAGGUGCUAACCUUGUGCCCUUGGGUCAACAAAGGAGAACUAACUACUAGUAUUUCAACCACCAUUCGCUAUGUACUUAAUGUCGCGUAUACUUUACUAACAUUUCAGCUCCGCUUCUAUUUCACUUGGUGUAUUUGUACGCUGUUAGUUAAAUUUUGACAAAUCCACGUGUUUCAUGGUAUGCCUGUCAUGUACACAUUCCUCAGAAGUAUUAGUUGUCGUUUUUAUUCCUAAGGACUUGCUUUGUUCAGCCUUGUUUUAUUGCUUAAUUUUAGCAUGAAUACAGUUUUUAACGUCGAUGUUUGCAUGUAGACACUUUUCUGUGUGGUUUACAUAAAUCGCUAGUCUUGUUGAAGUGAUUGGUGCACUUCAGUGUUAUCGUUGAGAAACUGUAAGACAGUCAAUCGUUGGAUAGAUUAAAAAUAACGUCAAUAAAGAACAAAGUGGCCCCUUAUAUUUUCCCGAUAUAAUACAGUCAGCUACAACGUAGGACCAGGCACAUAUGUGCUUCGGUCCAGGUUGCCAUACCGCAUCAGCACAAUAAGAUGAACACCGGAUUCAUAGCAGUGGUUAGGUCAAAGGUAGUAAUAUGUAAGAGAAAGAUUACAUAUAGAGAUAUAGUACAAGAAGAAAGAAUUGGUUCGUAGAAAGAAAGAUAUGAGGCGAUUUUAAUCUCUUAGUUUAAGGGAAGACAGGGAGUGUACACACCGACGCCAUUGUGAUCGAUUCUGAGCCAUGUCACCAAGAGUCUCCAACCAUUGGUCACGAUAGUCACACGGACCCCAACCAAGUAGUCUGCAUCUACCAACAUGGCUCAGACUAGAAGUUAGUGACUUCAAGCACUAAUGCCACGUUUUGGUUUCGCCGCCCUUAACUUUCUUCCAACCAUUUCCAAUACCGGAUAGCAUUGCACGUCGUGGUAAUCGGUGUUCAGGCAUACGUAAUACGUGGCCCAACCAUCUCAGUCGAUGAAGAUUCAUAACCUCAUCAACUGAUUUACCAUCAUUUCCUAAUACCCUGCGUCUAACCUCACUAUUACUUACCCGGUGAUCCCAACAGACGCCAGCAAUAUUUCUGAGGCAUCUGUGGUCAAAUACUAAUAGCUUACGAGUGUCUUCUACCCUUAAUGACCAUGUUUCGCUGCCGUAAAUUAAAACAGAACGGACUGCCGCGCAGUAUACUCGUCCUUUUAUUGAUAGACGGAUAUCUCGCCUUCGCCAUAGGUGACGCAAGUUGGCAAAAGCCAAUCGAGCUUUUCGAAUCCGUGCUGAGAUUUCGUCCGAUACCAGCCCAUUAGGGCUGAUCAGACUUCCAAGAUAAGUGAAGUUGUCAACGCGUUCGACUACUUCACUCCCUAUCCUCAGUUCAGGUGUCCUGAAGCAACAACUUGCAUUUAGAGGGAGAGAAGCGCAUCCCAAACAUUCUGGCAUUGUUGCUUAGUGCUGCCAGAAGACUCUGCAUUUUGUCAGCGUCUUCACCAAACAGGACUAUGUCAUCUGCGUAUUCUAAGUCGAUAAGUGGACCUCCUGGAAGGAGAUCAAUACCCGAGAAUUCAGUCGACGAGAGUGUUAUUUCCAUCAGUAGAUCUAUGAUGAAGUUAAAAACGGGGAAAGUGGACAGCCUUGACGGACACCACUUGAGGUUGCAAAAGUAGAUGACAGUUCGCCAUAAGCUCUGACUCGACUAGUAGUGUUCGAGUAAAGAGCCUUUACAAGGUUUAUGUACUUCUGGGGUACGCCUUUCAAUGACACACAGUGCCACAGAAUCUCGCGGUCUACCCGAUAUAAUACAAACUUCCAUUGUUGAUGGCGGCCCUAACACUAACUGCAAGUUAGUAAAAGAUGCGUUCUUUUGAACUGGGUUUUUAACUAGUACUAGUAAAUCGAAAACUAUUACAAACGUUUUCAAAACUGAUGUUCAUGUUUUCAAUCAAAAUAGCCUAUCAUACUGAAUGCAAUGGUUUUCGCGAACUUUGAAACCCUUGGUGGGACUACGUGUAUACCGUCUUUUGUAUGUGUCCGGUUUGUAACCACUGAGUAAGGGGCUCAGACCCCAUUCUACUUAUAGUAGUUAUAGUUGUACUUGUUUCAGCAAACUGUUGGGAUUGCAAGUAGGACGCAGUAUAAGUAUUGGUAAUACCUGAGUGCUUGCAUCAAAACAGGUUAGAGGCUGUCUCAGUUAGUAUUUUUUGGCAGUAGCUAGAUUGGUCUAACCACGUCACAAUAUUUGUUCUUGGAGCUUCUGUAAGGCUCAUUGUCCCCCAGUCGUGAAUUGGGAUGAAAAGAUAUCGCGUUGUGGAGUGAAGAAUAUUGGUUUUGUUAGUCCCUUAUGGUUUCCUACUGCUUUCUGGGAAGUCGUAAUAGCUGUGCGACUUGGUAAUAAUAAUCUAGUUGGAAUUAGUUAGAUUUCAUUCGCUGAGAAUAUUUCAAAUAUAAUUUUCACAUAUAAUGAAUAAUCUAGUUCUGUUUCUAAAUAUGGAGUCCCUUCAGGUAGGGGUUGGUGUUACUACCUAAGUGCCUAGAUCGAAGUUUGGGGAGUGGAGUGUUUUAAUCACCAAGUCAAAUUCAGAUGAAACUUCAGUCUAUAAGAAAUCAAAGGGAGAAAUGCUUGUAUCCCGAAGCACGUCCGCAGAAAAAAAUUAUAAAAAUCAAUAACGUCUUUGUAAAUGAUAACAUCAAGAAGUAAGAGAAUUUACCGAAAGUGACUAAGUUAUUCUAGGACUUGGUUAGCUUUAUAACACAACCAUGCUCUUCACUAAGAACUACUUCACUUCGUGAGGAAUGCAGUAAGAACUAGAGUAUCAUCGCGAGUGAUUUCUAUGUACGACCUUAAUUCCUCCCAAAAUGUGGAGGAUCAAUAGCGGCAUAUAUAAUAGAUUCCUCAUAAAACAUUAUCCUGGUCGUAGUUAUCUCGUAGUGGUGAUCGGAUUCAGAUGUCGUAAUGAUCCGGUUGAGUUGUAUUGGCCGUAAAACUUGUAGUGUUCAUCAUGUCUGUUCAAAAUAUUGUGAUGAACUAGCCACUUUUGGAUUUGUCGGCAUCCAGUAUCAUAAUUCUAAAACAGUGAGCGUUGCAGGCGUUAGAACAAAAAUUGAUGUGAUGAAGCCAGUGAGAUUAGUAUUUUGAAAUGGUCAUGCUUCGGAUCAUUAUCUUCGACUUUCUAAGCAUGUUUAUUACCUAAACAGCCACAUUCGUGUGUUUGAUCGUUUAAAUACCUAAAAAUUUCGGCUCAGGAUAACCAAGUCUCACAGUCAUAGACAAAAAACUCGCACCAUAUCAAUGUACAUCUUUCAGUUUAUGACCCAAAUAGUAUCACUGUUCCUUUGACAGAGAUCAGCAGAAGAAAAAGCAAUGGAUUACUACUUGAGAUACUUAAGGAGUUGGAGACACGUAUACAAAGUAAAAUGAUACAGUGACGUAUGUAAGCAGGAAAAGUUGAUGUAUUUGAACCAUUUUGACUGGUUUCGAGCUAUAUGAUCUCUAUUUAUAACAUGUAUCAGUAAAAUCAGUCAACUAAGGUUCACUUUAUACUAUCUGCUGAACAUUAGGAUUGUUUGGUCAGUGGCUCACUCAAUUGAAGUGUAUGCUUCAGUUUCUUGUUAGCAUCCUCAUGCCUUUUACUUUCAGUAGUGUCACAAUCGUAGGUAAUAACUACUUGUUGAGCAGGAUACUCACCGUUUAAUAAGUGUUUGGCUACACUGUCCUAGCCAUAUUUUUUAAUUUGAGCUAAGCAAAGUAGUUCAUGUUUGUCUGCCAUCAGCCUGAUAGGGUUAAUAUGCCUCCCAAAGAAUCUAAUCGACAGACCCAGCUAUUUUCUUUCUUGAAACAGCAAUAACAUGGACCAGUCUUGAAACAUUUCUCAUCUGGGCAUACAUGACAUAAAUUCAUACAGCUCUAAUGAAAUGAUAUGAGGAAGGUGUAACAGCUGAAAAGAAUAUAAGGAUUGUAAAACAUUGAAGAAACAAAAUUAAUGAAAACAGGAGAAUUUUCCUAUAACGUUAACUUAAGAGAAUAAAACGACCCGCGUUAUAUAGCCACUAUCGACUUUGGUUUCUGGUCCUAUCUAUUCUUUUAAAUUACCGUCAUAUGGCGUAGGCGAGGUAUUCGCCUGCGAACUAAUGGACGAGUACGCUGCUCAGCAGUUCGCUCUAUCUUACUUUAUGUACCUAGCCUGUCGUAUGCCCUGAUGGUGUUCUCGUAACUUUCGGGUUGCCUGAUCUACCAAGGGCUAUGGGACAGUGCAUGAUGCUAUUGUUGUGUGCUAGGUUCAAAGAGAAUUGUAUGCUAUAUGCAUGCAAAUCUGCCCCGUUAUUGUUGAAAAAAGCCCCCAGAUGCCCUGGCAUGGUCGAGAGUGAGGUGGGCUCGCCCUCUCGAAAUGCUCUCACACGGCCACGCGCAUACAGCCUCUGCCAGGGAAAUCCUACUCACUGCCUUCUCGCAACACGGAUGUUGUUGUCUUUUCUUAGACCCUAAUUAUUUUGUGAAUUUCUGUUAUUCCGCUAAUCCAAAUUUCCUUCUCUAAUUUUAUCUUCGAUGCCUAAUUCUUUCUACCAUCACUAAUGCCGUUGUUAUUUGAAGUACUCUGGGAGUUGCCCUAACAGUUUCAUCUCGCUAUACUAAUAGAGUGUAGGGUGUGCAUAAUUGACUGGCUGACCUGUACUUCUGACGUCUAACAUUAAUUUUUAGAUAUAUUCCCACCUUUAGAAACAGGAUGAUAAAAUACCUCAGGAAAAUAAAAUAGUACCUUUACAAGGUUAUUGGAGUUUGAAUGUUCUCAACGUGAUACUACCCUUGUAAUAGUGUGUAUCAAGCUCUUGAUAGUUUCCUAAGACCCUAAUUCCUUGGUUCUUGGUUUCGAUUGAAUUGUAUCAGUGAUUAUAAUCUCUGUUGUGAUUGACAUCAUUCUUUCACUUAUGCCCCUUAGAAUACAUUUUUUAGGAGGAAGUAUGUGUAUACUAAUUUAUUAAAAAUUACUGGUGAGUGCAUCAUAUUCCAAUAAUUUCACUUAUUUAAUUUCCUGUUCUCCUGAUUUUGCUCCAGGGUACAGUGGGAUGAACGGCGAUAUUUCUCGCAUCCCCAUUCAGUCUCUGAGUGCCGUAGUUAGUCUAACAGAUAUAAUUCCUGAACUCCCGUUACCUGCUCCACUACAUGCUGGAUCCAGUGUGGAAACGUUGUUGCAUGAUUCUAGAAUAUCAAUAGAUGCCUUUCAGUGUCUUCGUUUUGGUCAUGACCGACUCGUGGGCUGCCUCAGUGAAGCCCUUGGGAGUGUAUGUACCAAUAACAUGUAAGCGUUUUCUCAAUAAUUUGUAUAUACCUUUAGCGAUUUCAAGGAGGGGUUUGCUAGUGACAUAAUUGAUCCCCAUUUACUACCUGAACCCCUUGUCAGCUCUUUGAAAAAGCUACCAAAUUUCGAACAAAAACGAGGAUUUUAUGGUCUUUCUUAUGAAUCUUUCAAUCCAGUUAAUAGUGUUUCUAGUGCGUAUAAAGUACAACCUGGUUCAUGGUGUUCAUCUCUGGAUCAACCACUAUCUUCUGAACUUCAUUAUCCAAAUUCAUUUGAAGAACCAAUCGAAUCUCCCAGUAAAAAGAAGAAAAAGCGGAAAAAGAAGAAACACAAGUACUGUGAUGAUGGCGAUACGAGUGGAACAGGAGGCGAAUCAAAUGCCACUACUCCAGCAGCCUGUGGUGGUACAACUCCAAAUAAACUUGAGGAUAAUUCAUUGUCUCCCACUUCAACAUAUGGUAUUGUAAAAGUCAAUGCAGAUACUAAAAAACUAUCAUUAAAAAUUUUCAAACGGCCUGCGAACGAUGGCUCUCAGCCUGUUUUUAUGGUUGAGCAACUAGGUAGUGUUGAGCCAGUUAAAAAAGAGAAAAAAAAGAAGCGGAAUAGAGAAAAGGAUCGUGAGCAUCGAUCUCAUCACGAAGUUCGAUCAAAGUUGGAUUCUCACUCUUCUCCAGCGGAAAUUCACGUUCAACAUAAUGAGUUAUCUAUUGAUCUACCAGUACAAACACAUAAUACUCCUACUUCAAAUAGCCCCUUGAGUACGGUAACGCCUAACGAAAACUGUAAAAGCUCCGAACUUAUCCCUUCGACUUUUGCUGAGAGUUGUCAGUUGUCCAUGAAAGAUCCUUCCCAACUUGACCUUUCGCUCAUAGCGAGCGAGGGUUUAUUUGAAAAUUUGAAUUCAAUGAAUAAUUUGUAUCAACAACCCCAGUCUGUAUCUACAUCCAGUCUUCCCAGUACUCCAACUUCUAUGUCUGGUAACGGAAUGGUAAUAACCUCAAGUAAUUGUGCUCCUACAUGUACGUAUAGUUUUGAUACUAACCAAACAAAUGUGUUCACAACUAAAUCGAAUAUGUUCUAUGAGUUGUUGCGUAGUAAUGAUCCUACUAUGACCCUGAAACAUGUUGCAGACGGUUUACCUAGUGAUUUUGUAACAUCUAAUUCAUCUGUUUGUACAGCCAACCCUAAUACCUUGGGUUCUGUAUGCAACAUGAUGGACUUUGCUUCUAGCUUCCUUCAAAACGAAAUGCUUUCAUCCAAUUCCUCUUGUAUUAAUUUUCCACUUGGAACUGCUUCUCUAGCUACUUGUGAUAGCUCCACUGUCCAAAGGACUGGCUUUCCUGUACAGCCAUCUACUACCACUACUUCUUCCUUUUUGGUUCCUUCGCAUUUGAUUGAUUCUAGUCAUUCAUCUGUUGUUACUGCUGCAGACUCCACGUUUGAUGUUUUGGGCGGUAUACUCAAUUCUUCUGGUUAUGCAUCUGUUACAGACGUUAGUCCUGCUGCAUUUGCUGCCAAUUUCGACAUGUCUGGCUUGCCUCCAGAUUCCAGUACUCACCAUGUCCCCAUGGGGCUCGCUAGUUAUUUGUCUGCUCCUAAUCAAGUUACUAACACUCAAAUUCUCAAUGACUAUCGUACCCAGAAUCAACCUGCUCGUGCUGAUUCGAAUUUGUUAUCAACAAUUACAAGUACUCCUCAACCGUGGUGGAAACGAAAGAGCAAUUCCGUGUUAAGAAGACGUAAACGCCGGAAAAAUGAACUUGAAGAUUUACAGUCUUGGACAGUCAAUUAUCCGGUUAGUGGACCGGGCUUAUCAAAAUCUGCCUCUGAACGCAACAAAGGUCCUGAUGAAAGAACUUGGGAUGAUGCAAUCGGUUCUUAUAGUCAAGUUCUUGGUGAACGUGUUAAAAGACGAAAACGAAUGGUUAGACAGGGAGGGAAUUUAGAUUCAGAUUUUGUCUUUGAGCAUGAUAAAGACUAUCCAAAUGAGGGAGAUAGUGAUCGUGGUAGCAAUGAACCUAACGGUACAAUUGACCUUACAAACGAUUCCACCGGAACCAGCGAAACUGCCUACAAUGUACGCGAAAUGCGUUCAGGGGUUGCAAAUCGUUCGUAUGCUGGUAUGGACGAGGAAGACGAGGAAGCGUCGGCAAGUCAAACAGGAUGCUCAAAUGGCUCUUCAAGUGCUAGAAGACGAAAGAGACUGGAUGAUGAUGAACCUUUUGAAGUUCGGCUGAAGGAACCCGUUGAAGCACGUUUCCCGCAUAUACGUAAAGCAGGAGAGUCCACACGUAAACGACGUGAGCGCGUAAAUUUCGGAAUUACGGCAUCAAAUAAUUUACCCAUCCAACGAAAUAAUUCUAGGGAGCAAAGUGUCGGGGGUGAAACAGGAAGUGUAAAACGAUUUCUCAACAAAUUGUCAACUGUUCUAGAAUCUAUUGAGGAAACAGACUUUUUGAGAAGCCUUGGUAGCGUACCGAACAGUGAUGAUCAACUUCGAAAAUCUAAUUGUGACGAUGUGAUUUCUUAUCUUGAUAAAGAGAGCUUAUCAACUGAGACUAUAAUAUCGGCUGAAGACUUGGCAGAAUUUUGUCGUGAUGCUGCUAAGUUAAACUCAAUAGGUGUUGCUAAUCAAAUUCCUACUGGUCAAUUACUUAACUUCCUUACAUUGUUGUUGCUCAACAUACGAGAUGGUGCGAAUGUGAUUGCCGUAUUGAGACCUGAAGAAGAAGCUGACUCACACGAAAGCAAACUAUGGAAAGAGGUGGCAAUGGAGCGAGUAAUGCGGAGUAUGAAUUCCGGUCUAACUGCGCUAUUAUUAAUGACUUCGAAGGAUAUGCCCAGAGAAGUUUAUGUUGAAGAUGUUAUAGAGCGUACAGUGUAUAGUGUCAGGUUUCAAUUAUUCAAUUGCAUUUUCCCGGAAUUCGAUCCUGCUUAUCGUGUUGAAAAUACAGCUAAAGAAAAUCAAAGCAGUAUAAAAUCUAGACGUGCUCGUGAACGCGAUGCUCAAAAACCAAAGUCCAUAAUUCAUCUGUACCACAAGCUAGUGGAAAUUGUUUCCAAUUUAUCUAAGUUAGUAAAAAUCCAAAGGCUGACAGACAGCUUGGUCCUUACCUUAUCUAGUGUUGGUGUCUCUGUAUUCUUUGUUGAAAAUGUUAGUGAGCUGCAACUUGCUGCUUUGGAACUCGUCACUGCUAUAUUCGCCCAAUAUGAAACUCAUAGGAAGCUAAUAAUGGAGGAAAUACUGGCUAGCUUAUCCCGUCUUCCAUCAAGCAAGAAGAAUUUACGUUCUUAUCGAUUAAAUAGUGAAGAUAGCAUUCAAAUGCUUACAGCAUUAGCACUUUUGUUGGUUCAGUCGGUUAUAAGUCUUCCUGACCCAUCACCUCUCAACUCAGAACAAAAUACUGUUUUCUAUCAGAGCUCAAAUGUCUCUGUGUCCACUGAUGGAGGAUUAGUUCAAAAAGCAGAUGAUGAAGUGACAAUUAUUAAUUCUUAUCAUAAUGCUCUUCGUACAGCCCAUACUUUUCUGUUGGUUUUCCUACGCAAAUCAACAAUGAAGGGUGAAGAUGAUUACCGAAUUAUUUUUGAAAAUUUCGUAAAUGACCUUCUUUUAGCUGUUAAUAAACCGGAGUGGCCAGCAUCAGAGGUUAUGCUUAGUCUUCUUGGUAGCUUGUUAGUACAGCAGUUCAAUAACAAAGCACUUGAUCAAAGUGUUCGGGUUGCUAGUGUUGAUUACUUGGGAACAGUUGCAUCCACAUUACGUCGUGAUGCAGUAACUAGCCAAUUGAAGGAACAUGAUAUUGAUGCUGUCAUCCGUGAUCUCUUGGAAGGUAAUCAAUCAGAUGAAGAUGAAGAAGAUUCUGAAGAAGAGUUAGAUACAAAAACUGAUGACAUAAAAGAAAUAAAUGGCGAUCGUGAAUCUAGCUCAGAAGUAGAUAGAAAUAAAUCAGAGUCUGAUAUUCAUUCAGUUGGUUCUGCUUCCACUACUGAAACACCAAUACGCCAUAAUGAGAAUGGCUAUAGUUCGACAAACACUAAGUCUGUAGUCAAAGUAAUUGACACCAAAAUUUCUAAAGACAAAGUCAUCAAAAAUAAAAAAUCAGGAAAUAAAGACAAAUAUACAGAUCCUAUUUCCCAGUUGGAUCGAGUCCAGGCACUACGUGACGCUAUUUUAGACUAUCUUGCAGCAGAAGAGGCGAGUCCUACGGCAGUUUAUGCUCGUAAAUUUUACCUGGCUCAGUGGCUUAAUGAUUGUACAAAGGAAACAGAACGUGCUCAACGAAGUGCAGUACAGAAGAAAAACCAGAAUGCUGUUUUAAAUGGCAGUGGUGAAACUGUAUGUGCUUCCAAAGGUUUUUCUGAAGCAGAUCAGGCACUAAUCCUUGCGGUAGCUGAAAGAAGAAGACAACACAUUCUGUCAAAAGUACGUGAAGCUCCACAAUCUUGGCGACAACGUAGAUGUUUAUGGAGCAAUUCAUUGCCACCUAAUGAGAAAACAAAGCAGUCUGCAAAUACCUGUAUUUCUGAUUCAAGUCAGGAAACGACGCUCAUUUUCCAGGGUACUUUGGACUAUGAAGACUGCUGCUUAGUUUGUCGUUAUCUCGCUAGUCUUCGACCAUUUUCUCAAAGUUUUGAUGUUUAUUUGUCCCAAAUAUGUAAAUUAUUGAGUGAAUCGUCGGUUGCCGUGCGCACUAAAGCGUUAAGAUGUUUAUCAGCAGUGGUGGAGGCCGACCCAAAUGUUUUAGCUCGCGUAGAUAUUGAGCGGGCUGUACAUUCUCGUCUUCUUGAUACAUCGACUUCAGUUCGUGAAGCUGCUGUAGAUCUACUUGGUCGAUUUUUAAGUUGCAGACCAGAGUUGACUGCACAGUAUUAUCCAAUGUUGGCCGAACGAAUACGGGAUAAGGGAGUAAGUGUCCGCAAACGCGUCAUUCGAAUCCUUCGUGACAUUUGUCUUGAGCAGCCAGAUUUUCCAAGAGUUGCUGAAAUUUGUGUAAAAAUGAUUAGACGUGUUAACGAUGAAGAAGGAAUCAAGAAACUUGUUCAUGAGGUCUUUCAAGCAAUGUGGUUUACUCCUGUACGUGAAAGAGAAACAGUGAAGCUACUUCGAAAGGUCAUGAAUAUCACAGAUGUCGUUGGCGCUUGCAAAGACACAGGUUAUGAAUGGUUUGAACAAUUUUUACGAACUCUUUUAAAGAAAGAAGAAACUGAAAAAAUCAAACCAGUUGAAAAAGCAUGCAAACAAAUAGCUGACUGUUUGGUUCAGAAUAUUAUGCGACUAGAAGAAAUUUCAAGUCAAAGCAAUCAGAGAUUAGUAGCGUGCUUGGCAACACUUCAUUUAUUAACAAAAAUCAGACCAGAAUUAAUGGUUCAGUAUACAAUGGUACUACAACCCUAUUUGUCCAUUCGUUGUAAUGAAGCAUCAGAUGCCCAUGUGUUGCAUUAUGUUGCUAGAAUUCUAGAAGCCACGUUGCCUUUGAUGGAACAUCCUAGUGAGACAUUAGUUGCACAACUUGAAGAGGAUAUGGUUCGUCUAACUCUUCGACAUGGAAAAAUGGUACUUGAGUCAUGUGUUGCUUGUUUAGGUGCAGUUGUCAAUCGUGUUUCGAAAAACUAUUCUCUAGCUAGAGAUUGUUUCACUCGGUUUUUCAAUGCUCUUCAAAAAUUUCGUAGUGAAUUGUCCAAUGAUUCUGAACGCAAAAUAUCCCCAACUAUUCGCCCUUCUAUUCUUAGAGCUCUGUUUACUGUCGGUUUACUUUGCAAACACUUUGAUGCGGAUGUAUUUCGAUCAAGCAAAAACGCGAAUAUUCGUGAUCAGGUAUUUGAAACACUUAUGUUUUUCACAGAACAAGUUAAAUCAGACAUCGAAAUGCGUAAGAAAGCUUUAUCAGGAUUAGGUUUUUUGUGUACUCGUCAUCACGAACUACUUUGCGGUCCUCGUCUUUGUAAAUUUUACCAUGAUCUUUUACAAGCUCCUUGUGAUGAGGCAAAACCUAAAUCAUCUGACCAUCACUUAGAAUUAAAGUGUAUUGUUCUGGAAAAUUUGUUAAACUUUUUUCUUGAGGAAGAAAAACGCAUGCUAGAAGCGGAUGCAAAAUGGAAGGCUAGUCAACAUCAAGAAUCAUUAAAAGAAAUGGGCGAUAUCGCUUCAGGUAUGGGUAGUUCAGUUGCGCAAAUGUAUCUCAAAGAUAUACUAGAAUCAUUUUUUUCGCCAUUUUUUACGGUGAGACUUACUGCCCUUUCUGUCAUAACUACAAUUCUUCGUCAAGGUCUUGUUCAUCCAGUCCAAACUGUACCCUACUUGAUAGCUAUGCAGUCCGAUAUUGAUCCAAAUAUUCGUAUUAAAGCUGAUGCUCAACUCCAGGAAAUAGACACCAAAUUUCCAGGUUUUCUGACAAUGCGAGCUGCACAAGGUGUCAACUUAUCAUAUCGCCUUCAGCUUGUUUUAUAUAAUGAGUUACGUGAAAAACUGAAGGGUACUUCUGAGGGACCUUCUCUUCAGCAAAUAGGUUCACCUGAAUCUUCAAAUUUUCACAAGUCAACUCAUUCUAUUAAUGCUACUCGUCGAACUACCCGUAAUAGAUCUGAGGUUGAUUGUUUGGGCUCAGAUGAUAAUCUUAAGUGUUCACCAUCUACAAAUGUUUUCGAAUCUCAGUCACUUCUCAAUAUUCCAGAAGAUUCUUUUGGUGCUAUUCGCGGUACUAGAGAUCCUUUCAGUGAAGUUCCUUCUGCUAUGAAUUCGCAUCUAUAUUCGAUGCUUAGAAACAAUAAAAGUCAACGCCGUUCUCUACUUAAUGGCCUAAUAUCAUUAUUCGAUGACUCACAGAAGGUUCCUCUCAGUCAGUUGGUAUAUGUUGCUGAUAAUCUGGCUCAUUUUCCUUAUCAAUCGCAAGAGGAACCUCUGUUUGUUGUGCAUCAUAUAGACUUGAUGGUUAGUAUGGCUGGUUCGGGAGUUUUGAAAAAUGUUCGUGAGGCACUUUUUCCAGAACUAAAAGCAGCUCUAGAGGCUGUUGUUGCUGCCCAACUUGAGACAGAUGCGAAAAACCGUGCACAAAUGGAGCUGCAAUUGAGUGCUGAACUUCAGGCCCAACAAGUUGCCUCAGCUGAUGCAAUUAGUAGAGGUGAUCAUGAAACAGCUGGAUUGAUUGCCGAUCAAAUUCAACACACUAUUCAAAGAAUAAACAGUUUAAAUUCCUCCGAUCCUUCUAUUAUGUCCAGUAACGCAUCUCUGUCUGAAUUCCCUUCUGGGGCUCUCAUUGGAACAGAGGGUGUUUCUCGAGUUGAUUUGGGUCCUUUCGAAAUAGAAGAGGAAGAGGAUCCGAUUGCGUUAUUUGAUAGAUUGUCUAAGACUCGCCAAACAUCUUUACCAAUAGUUCGCGACGCAAUCCGUACCAGUCGCGCUUGUGUUUUAUUGUUGACACUCAAACAAUUUCUAAAAGAAUCUUAUUCGAUCACUGACGGUAAAAUCCAACGUUACUCACCUUCUGAUUCAGCCAAAUUAUGGGAGAAGCCGUUAACACGACGUGUCGGUGUUCAUUUUCAUCCAAUACCUUGUUUAAAAGCUUCCGGAAUAGAGAUCAAUAAGUCUGAUUCGCAUAUCCUAUGCAAUUCGCAAUCAUCAGUUAGAACAGAUCAUAGUAGUGUGGAGUUGUCCAAUCCUAAUGUCAAGCAAGCAGAUAGUGAAGAAGAAACGAUAAGUGAAAUGCAAUCUCUCAUCCGAGAUUACUUAGACUUCCGGAAGUUAAUUCUUACGAUUGAUCCUCCAGGAGAAGAAGAACUAGGACCUGAUGACUUGAAUACUUCAGUGCAGUCCGGUGGGCCUAUUGUUGAUGAUCGAUUAAAUACAGUUUCAGAUAGUACGCAGUUGAGUAAAGGUCGAUCUAUAAGAACGCUAGUACCGCAAUUGCACAAUAAAUCUUCGGAAGAUGACAAUGAUUCAGAAGAUUCAAAUGUAGGUGGUGCUUCUCGACUUAUGUUGGCACAAUCAGCUCCUACAAAAAAACGAAAACCAGCUCUCAAUCUACGUGGCAAUUCGAAAAAUCCGUUAGGUCGAAAUGCAAAGAAUAAGCGCAAACGUCGAAAACGAUGCAUAAUGGCGACGAGUUCUAGUGGUGAAGAAAGUGAUUCAGCAGACGAAUCUGAACCAUCUGAUCCAGAUUACUGAUCUUACUUAACCUGUUCCCUGAAUUACUAUUUUUUACAACGCUUGGCUGUAAAGAAAUCGAUGUUACUGCGCCAAAUUCGCAAAAUGUGCAUUAUGAUGUGUUUAUAAUACUGAUGUCUUACCUAAAGAAUGGAACAAAAACCAAUAUCAUCAGGUUUCUUAAACAAGUCUGUAUUUGUUGAAUAAUCUACUGACUUAUUUGUCAACUCAUGCCUAAUUUUUGUACUAAAGAUUUUUUUCUUCGAUAGUCAUCCACUCUUCUUUUUCACUCCUAUGGCAGCUUAUCUACUGAUUAUAUUUAAUUGUCUAUAUGGAAGCAAUGUAUGCUUAGAUUUCCGGCUGAAGUUUUAUCGUACUGUUCUAAUGUAAUUACGUAAACCUACUUUGUUUUAAAUUGUAAUAAUGAAAUUGUUCAGAUCUCAUUAAUUACGUCGGAUUAUAUCAUGAAUGAAUUCUUCUUGUUGAAAGUCCAGUCGAUGUACGCUAGAAUCACAUUCCCUAAAAUAAUAAUUCAUCAUUAUUUUCGGGGUCAAUUUUUCCCUACUACUUGAGAAACAUUUGAUAUAUUAUAUCCGAAAGUAUAAUUUAUGUGUUAUUUUUCGCAAUAACUGUUAAAUUGUGACUUCUGUACAUUUAUAUUUCAUAUUAAAGUUUCAUCGACGGCAUGAUUUUCUUUAUUCUCUUUUUACAUAAUCACUAAUUUGUUUGUAACGUUGUCUAUAGUGGUAUGUUGUAGAAAUUUCAAUUUUGUACAUAUUUAUAUAUACAUAUAUGUAUAUGUAUAUUAUUUUCGUAAGAUUUAUAAUAAUUAAUUGUUAGCACCACCUAUUCUAUAAAUAUCAUUGUAUUGUUUUUUUCUUUUCACAAUUUAUCUACCAAUGAAUGGUUUAAUUUGCGUGAGAAACGUUUCAUCAUCCUCACUGACCUGUAUUAAAACACUAUCUUUUUGUAUAUAACAUAUUUCUGUAUGUUCGUUUGCAUUACGCAUUCUCUUACGAAUGACUUAUCUUUCAUGUUUUCCUUUUUUCGUUGUUUUUUGUGUAUACUUUAAUCGUCCACUGAAUAGGUGUGCUCUAUCGACUAGCUAUUAAUAGUCUUUCUUUGUUUUACACAGCAGUAGUGCUGUUAUCUAAUGAAUUUUUCGUUCAACGCUUUAAUUCGUUUGUGUAUAUUUUUUUUCUCAGCACCCAUUAUUCUGAUACUCGUUUGCCUAUUGUGUAUAUGUGUUUGUCUGUGAGACUAAGAGUCUAAUUAAAUUCUAUCUUAAUUUUGCUUUGUUUUCAUGAAUAAUCAUGUUUAAAAUUUAUAAUCAACCAAAAGAAUUGUUUCUUUCAUCGUUAGUUUUAUUUAGUUCCAUUCAUUACUUAGAAGACUUAUUUUGUUCUUAAAGGGGUAAUGAUUUGUUUCUCACGUUUUCGAACUCAAUUACCCUCUUCUUAGUCUUACAUCUGAGAUUUUAAUUUCAAAAGUGUGAGUCAUUUUGGUAUAUAUGAAUCGGCAGUCCUUGAUAAGAUAAGAGAGUUCAAGGUUAUCUUCACAACGCAACUUAAUUGUCAUCUGCUGGGCACUAACCAUUUAAACGGUUCUAUGACUCGUCCGAUUUUUAUUACUAAUUAGUACACAUUCUCUUAUCUCUAAAAAUAUUUUGGGUGUAUGUGGGCAAUCAUCUUUGGAUGUGACAUGUCGUAUUCGAAUGUCCUUGUCCGAUCGUUACAACAAAUUCAAGUCACCCUCUUUGUAAUACGGUUUAGCUUAUACUAUAUAUGUCCUGUCGGUUAUUUUCGAUUGUCAACCAUCCUCAUCGCACCAUUCAUUGUCCAGAGAAUUGACUGAAUUCUACCUGUUUCGCUAUUGUAUUACAAGGGAUCUUCCGAUAAAUUAGUGGGAACUAUAAGAUAUUAAACACUACUACUCCUUCCU